CACACGUGGCCCCAAUCCUUAAUUCAGUGGCGCGCUGACACAACUGCCAAAUUGGUUACCGAAGUCAGUGUUCGUACGCUAGUAUAUUCUUAAGUAUAACUUGGUGCAAAGUUAGUGAAUAUUGUGAAUUAAAUGUAAAAUCGGUCCUUGGAAAUGUUAUUGCACGAUUUGUCUAAUGGGAUUAAACAAAACUUCGUCCAGAUUCAUGUUAAGGUUUAGGUUAAUCUGCCCACCAAAACUUGCUCAGUUCCGUAUUUUUAAACAUUGUUUUCUGUUGUUGUGUAACGUGAGAAUAAAAUGUCAAAACGCUAUGGAAAAAAUCGUGACAACGAUUCUCCCAGUUUUUCUAAAAGAGCCAAACUGGAUGUAACCAUCGCUUCUUCUCAACAAAGUUCUAGAGUUAAUAGACCUCCAUCAACAUCUAAAAAUGAUACAGACAAUGAUCUAUGGGGGGCCGAUUUUAAUGAUGCGGAUAUCGAAGAAAUGGAUAUCAUUGCUUCUCAAGCUAGCUCAGAGAAUUUGCAGAAUCGAGAUCCAAACGAAAUAAUAGCACCUAAAAUACCAUUACAAUCCUCAAAGCCAUCGACGAGUUCGUAUUUUGAAUCAAAACCAUCUACUAGUCGUUCAAAUGUCACAGGCAAUUCACUACCGAAGAAAUUUGAACCUAAAAUUCCCUCCAAGAUAUCCUUACAGCAGAAGGAUUCCAAUCCCGCAAAUCAUUGGUACAACAGUGAAGAAAAAACACGUACAUCUUGGAGCAAUCAAAGGCUGCAUCCAUCCUCCCAAAAAAUCUCGUCAUCGGAAAAUCAAAGGGAAGUUUUUAAGGAUGACAAGAGCAUUUUGUUCGAUGAUUUUCAAGAUAAUUUACUGAAAAUUCAUAGUCACAACUCGACUUUCCAGUCACAAACUGCGAAAAAAGAUCCACUUGCAAAUAAUGGGUCUAGAGUUACAAAUAAACCUGGUGAUAAUGCUGCUAUAAAUAUUUCAGAUGAUUCUAUUCUAAGACAAAUAGAAAAACUGAAAUUAGAAAACCAGAAACUUUUGGAUAAUUACAUUACAAAAGAAGGUGAAACAGCGUUUCUCCGUAACCAGUUACAACAGACACAAAGCAGAGCUGAACAUGAUAAAAUUGACAAGGCUCGACAAAUCGAAGAACAAGCAAAUCAAUACAGAUGUGAAAUUAAUGUUGCCAUCAAAAGAGAAGAGACUUUACGAACCCAAUUAGAAUUCCAGAACUUGCAGUUAAACAAUUUAAAGGAGCGGUGUACGCUGUUAGAAUCAGGUUCUAUCAAGUUAAUGCAACCACACACUGCUCAGUUAGAUCCGAAUAUUAAUAGAAACAGAUUAAAUACAACAUUAAACAGACUAUCAUCAUCAGUAAAGACAGUACGUGUCACAGACAGUGGCGUACAAACCACAAUCUUUGAUCUGAGAAAUGCCCAUAGACUCAAAAAAUCUGUAGAAACUUACCCACUCAGCAUAAUUCCGCAAUCAAUCUUUGCACCAUCGCGUACUGAACCCCCGGUAGUUGAAAUUCAGUUGAUUGAAAAAGUUGGAACAAAAAACUUACCAAUUCUACAAGAAGAGGAGAACAUCAGGAUAUUCGAAAAUCCUGACUUGGUGAAACCGAUAGUCACAAUAGUGAACGAUCAGAAGUUGAACAUAGAGUUUUGUUUACCUGAUGUAGCUGCUCUAAUGAGAAAAACUGAGAUUGAAAUCAAUGCUCAGAAUAUGCUUCCUACGAUCAAUAAGCUUGUAGCUGUAGCCAGAGAAUUGUUACUUAAUACCACGCUGGUCUUGCAGAGGAUUUCUAAAGCUAUGAGAAAUGAUGAUGUGAGAGAUAUGAAUGAUGUGUACUUUUCUGACUUUUACAAAUUACAUGUGGAUUCAAGUAAAUCAAUUUGCGACUCAAAUGCAUGGCACGAUAGGGAACGAGGUAUCGAGGCGAUGCGAUCGAUAGCCAUUUUAUCUUAUACUGCUCCAGCAUCUAUUUACUUGCGUCAAUAUGUAAUAGGUAAAAUACCAUUGAAUGUUCACAAUGAUUCCAAUUACGAUAAUUAUAUUAAACAAAUGUCGAGCUAUAAGAACUGGCCAAAAAAGGGUUGUGAAUUUGAAAUGCUAGAACUACUCCUAGAAUUCGUCACUACAGUUGGUUACGUGAGAAGAUCACAUCAAUUUAGUGGUCUCAUAGUAGCUAUCACGAGGCUUUUGGUCAAUAUAAAAGAAACAAUCGUCCACAGCAAGAAAGGAAUUGAAUAUGUGUUCAACAUUUUUAAGGAAAUAGUUUUUGCACGGCCUUUGUUGGUUUGUUACACUCAUGUAACUGAGCUUCUAAUGAUAUUCUGUCAAUGUGCCGAGUUUUCUGAAAAACUAUGCGUUGGUAAAAAAAAAAUGGCUAUCAGUGUUUGGAAAGACGAUUUGCAUUUUACUUCAGAUGCCUGUGUCAUGCAAAUAUAUAUAGGACAAUUAGAGUUCUUCCAGCCUGAUUCCAUUACAAUAGUUAACAUUGCCCACUCGUUGGUAUGUUGUGUAUUGAAUAUUUUGUCAAUGAACAAUAUACCGUGGGUCACUCAACCAGGUCAUGGGUGUAAAUGUUCCAUGAAAUUGUUUGGUCUCACCCUAAACUUUUUGUACAAAUGCUCAAAAGUAAAUUUUGACAAACCGGUACAGAAAAAAAACUCUGAAUGUACAACUGGACUCAAGGAAUCAAGAAAUGGAUUUUAUUUAAGUAAUGACACUACGCAAGUGGUAUCUCAAAACCCUGCAGGCUAUUCAAGAACGAUAUGUGCUAACCUAGAGCACAUCGACCAAAAUACUAAGGUGCAGUCAAAACACAAGCAACUCCUUACGAUCAGGAAAGGUAUAAUGUUCCUAUGUUACUUGUCUACCCGAGAUCCAGAUUUCAUUAUCCGACUCACAGACAUUGAGGAUUCUUUCAACUUAUUCAUCCAUCAAAUAGACUCGUAUGAUAAUUUGGAGCUCAAUGAAACAGAGAAAGCCGCUUUGAGCAGUGUGAAAUCAACGUUUGUCUUUGACAAGACUACAACGUUUGAAGGACGACAUUCCAGAUCUCAAAGUAGCUCCAUUUUCAAAACUCAUUUCGACUUGAACGAAAGAGUAAAUGGACCAUCCAGGCAUCAGAUUGUAAAAUUAUGUGAUAAUAGAACAUUGGGUAACCAGAAGUUACCUAAAGAACGUUCAUGGUUAUCAGGAUUUAUUUCCAAAAAAAAACGUCGGGAGACCUCAAUUCCUGAUUACAGGCAACAUGGAAAAUAGAGUACCUGAUUGAUGUAUGUAGUAAGUAAUGUUCUGAUUAAGCAUAACAAAAAGUUUAUUACCAGUGUUAUUCAGUCUGUUUUUCGUUAUUUUUCAAGGUAUCAUUAUCUAAUAAGUAAGCUAAUCUUUCCCGAUAAAAUCAUGGCAUCCUUCGUUUUUCCAUUAGACGGUUAAUAAUAUAGGAAGAUUUUACCUAUAUGGUACUCGCCCUAUAAGGCCUAUUUUCUCCCACAUUAUUUAAUAAACCGCCGCCCCCAAUGUAGGAAUAAUGAGAUUUUUUUAAAAAGUAAUAAAUGAGUCACAAUCUUCAGAAAAAGAGGAGGUAACGAUAAAAUUGUAAAAAAUUAUAUUUAUACAAAAAAUAAACAAUAGUAAUUACAAUAUUUUUUAUAGAUCAGUGGCAUUUAUUUACAUUGAAUAUCAAUAAACUGAAUUUUAUUGUUAUUGAUUAA